AUGAUGAAAGCAAAAAAAAAAUUAAAUCAAGAAUGGGAAGAUUUCAAACAAAAUGCUCCUGAUUAUAUAUUUGCUGAACCAAUGAAGAAUGAUAUACUUAAUUGGCGUGCAAAAUUGCUAGGUCCACCUGAUACGCCGUUUGAAGGUGGUAUAUUCAUUCUCGAUAUUAUUUAUUCCGAUGAAUAUCCAUUUAAACCUCCAAUAUGUAUAAUGAAAACAAAUAUGUUUCAUCCAAAUAUUUCUUCAACUGGUGAGAUAUAUAUCAGCAUUUUGCAAAAUGACUGGACUCCGGCGUUAACGAUUAGAAGCAUUUUACUAACUAUAUGUUCUAUUCUUGAUAAUCCUCUCAUGGAUAAUCCUAACAAUGAUAAAGCUGCUCAAUGCUUUAAAAAAAAUCGUACGGAAUAUGAUUUAAUUGUUCGAGAAUAUACGUUGAAGUAUGCUAAUGAAUCUCCUAUUCAUGAUGAAAAUGAGCAGGAUCUUCUUUCAACGAUGCUACAUACAGAAAUAAAUAAUUAG